GGGAACUAGCUGUUACACUAUAAACAAUCGAUGUGGUGGUUUCACAAAGGCUCCUGUUACUGUGAAGAUCACAUACAAUAUACAUCACUGUGUUUGUUGGUAAAGGAGAAGAAUUAUAAGAAUAUCUGACAAAUUCAGUUGCUGAACAAGACAAUGUCUGCCAAGAACCAAACCUCAGACCAUCCUGAUGCACACGGAGGGCGUCUAGAGGAAAACCCGGGCACUGGGCUAUUAAAUGUGAAGGAAGAGGAUGAGACAGAUGACAUGAAUAGUCAUCAGACUGAAAUACAGUGGUCCCUCCCUGCCGAUGAAGAUAACGCUGAUAUAGUGAAAGUUGAGAUAACAGAAGAUCUGUGUUUGAGGCAUCAAUUGGGAGUCUUGGAUGAAGAAACCAGUGACAGCGUCAGCCCAGGCCAUAUGGAUGGGACGUCUUCAGAUGGCUCAGCAGUUGAGCACAGAGGAGAAUCGUAUGUGUGUGAUCAGGUGAAGACUGAGGAGGAUGAAGUUCCUGUCAAUACAAUUGAAGGUAGAUUCAGAGACUGUGAUAAUCCCAGUGCAGAUGCUUCUUUCAGUCCUUUUCAAAAUCAAAGAAAUAAUAAGGGAAACAAAUGUUUUAUCCAAAAAAACAGUUUUAUUGAACAUCCGGCCAUUCAUACAGACAAGAAAGCAUUUUCAUGUUCUGAAUGUGGAAAAUGGUUUACUCAAAAACCACAUCUUAUUACUCAUCAGAAAAUUCAUACAGGAGAGAGACAAUUUUCAUGUUCUCAGUGUGGGAGAUGUUUUACUCAAAAAUCGCAUCUUAUUACUCAUCAGAAAAUUCAUACAGGUGAAAAAGAAUUUUCAUGUUCUGAAUGUGGGAAGUGCUUUUCUCUAAAAUCAACUCUUGUUAAUCAUCAGAAGAUUCAUACAGGAGAGAAAGCAUUUUCAUGUUCUUAUUGUGGAAAAUGUUUUACUCAGAAAUCAAAUCUUGUUACACAUCAGAAAACCCAUACAGGAGAGAAAGCAUUUUCAUGUUUUCAGUGUGGAAAAUCUUUUCCAUUGAAAUCACAUCUUAUUGUACAUCAGACAAUUCAUACUGGAGAUAAACAAUUUUCAUGUUCUGAAUGUGGGAAAUGUUUUACUCAGAAAUCAAAUCUUAUUACUCAUCAGAAAAUUCAUAAAGGAGAGAAAAACUUUUCAUGUUCAGAAUGUGGGAAAUCUUUUACUCUCAAAUCAUAUCUUAUUACUCAUCAGAAAAUCCAUGCAGAAGAGAAAGCAUUUUCAUGUUCUGAUUGUGGAAAAUGUUUUACUCAGAAAUCAAAUCUUCUUACUCAUCAGAAAAUUCAUACAAAGAAAAAAAAAAUGUGUUCUGAAUGUGGGGAAUGUUUUACUCGGCAAUCACAUCUUAUUAGACAUCAGGCAAGUCAUACAGGAGAGACACCAUUUUCAUGUUCUGAAUGUGGGAAAUUUUUUACCCUGAAAUCAAAUCUUACUACACAUCAGAAAAUUCAUAAAGGAGAGAAAGCAUUUUCAUGUACAGAAUGUGGGAAAUGUUUUACUCAGAAAAUAAAUCUUAUUACUCAUCAGAAAAUUCAUACGGGAGAGAAAACAUUUUCAUGUUCUGAAUGUGGGAAAAGUUUUGCUCGGAAACCAAAUCUUAUUAGACAUCAGAAAAUGCAUACAGAAGAAAAAGCAUACUCAGAAAUCAUAAUAUUAUAGUGAUUGUAAAGAUUAAUGAAUUACUGCC